AGAUUAUCGCUCUUUCCACCCCACAGUUAGCAGCCUGCUCCCAUUAUUGUAAUAAGAGAACGUUGUGUGAGUGGACUCCUGACUCUGCACUUCAAAACAAAUCUGUUAACGGGGAGAGAUUUUAGUGAGGCAGAUUGGUGUUAAGGGGCAGGCAGUGAGUGUGAGUGGCUUGCUAGUGAUUCACUGAAUUUUAUGGGACUCUUAAUAUUUCUUGACAGACAGACCUACUUGGAGGAAUUCUGAAUCUUGGAUAGAGCCAGAAUCACACACGCUCCAAAGUCAGGUGUCAAGAACAGAAAGAGGCGAGGGACUGGGGUGGGGAAGUGUCCUCUGUUAACAGAGAUGGAUGAUGCAUGAAAUCAUGGAAUGGCGUGAAUGUAGAAGGGGCAACGCACAAGCAGGUGGUGGACCUGAUUCGAGCAGGAGAGAAGGAGUUAAUACUGACAGUGUUAUCCGUUCCGCCCCAUGAGGCUGAUAACCUCGACCCCAGCGACGACUCUUUGGGGCAGUCGUUCUAUGACUACACUGAAAAGCAGGCUGUGCCCAUCUCCAUCCCCACAUACAAACACGUGGAGCAGAAUGGCGAGAAGUUUGUGGUUUACAAUGUUUACAUGGCAGGGAGGCAGCUGUGUUCGAAGCGGUACCGGGAGUUUGCCAUCCUCCACCAGAACCUGAAGCGGGAGUUUGCCAAUUUCACCUUUCCACGCUUGCCGGGGAAAUGGCCUUUCUCUUUAUCGGAGCAGCAGUUGGAUGCCAGGCGCCGAGGGCUCGAGGAGUAUCUAGAGAAAGUAUGUUCCAUACGAGUCAUUGGGGAGAGCGACAUCAUGCAGGAGUUCUUAUCAGAAUCGGACGAGAAUUACAAUGGUGUGUCAGAUGUGGAACUAAGAGUAGCACUACCGGACACAACAGCAGUGACAGUCAGGGUCAAAAAGAACAGCACUACAGACCAGGUGUAUCAGGCUGUGGCUGCAAAAGUAGGAAUGGACAGCACUACAACAAACUACUUUGCCUUGUUUGAAGUGAUCAAUCACUCCUUUGUGCGUAAACUGGCGCCCAAUGAAUUCCCACACAAGCUCUAUGUACAGAACUACACGUCGGCGGUGCCGGGGACUUGUCUGACUAUCAGGAAAUGGCUCUUCACUACAGAAGAGGAAGCCCUCCUGAAUGACAAUGACCUCGCAGUUACCUACUUCUUCCACCAGGCUGUAGAUGAUGUGAAGAAAGGUUGCAUCAAGGCUGAGGAAAAGUCCUACCAGUUACAGAAGCUGUCUGAGCAGAAAAAGAUGGUCAUGUAUUUAAACAUGCUGCGGACAUGUGAGGGUUACAAUGAGAUCAUCUUCCCCCACUGCUCCUGCGACUCCCGGCGAAAGGGUCAUGUGAUCACAGCCAUCAGCAUCAAGCACUUUAAACUCCACGCCUGCACAGAGGAGGGUCAGCUAGAGAACCAGGUAAUAGCAUUUGAGUGGGAUGAGAUGCAGCGGUGGGACACAGACGAAGAGGGAAUGGCAUUCUGUUUUGAAUACGCACGAGGAGAGAAGAAACCUCGAUGGGUUAAAAUCUUCACCCCCUAUUUCAACUACAUGCACGAGUGCUUCGAGCGGGUGUUCUGUGAGCUGAAGUGGCGGAAGGAGGUGGAGGAGGAAGCGACAGACAAGGAUAACAAGAACUUCAGUAAAGACACUAUAUGCAGCAAGAAUAUCUUUCAGAUGGCCAGAUCACAGCAGAGGGACGCCGCCACUUAGCCCCUCCUGUCGUGGAGGAAUGUAUCCACCCCCCCCCCAAAUUAACACUUAAAAAAAGAUUUAAAAAAUUCUGUUGUAUUAAAAGCCCUUAAACUAAAUAUUAUUAAUAACAAACCAUUUGUGAAUUUCAUGGUUAUGGAAUUAAGCAACUAGGAAAAAACCAGCAGGCUUAUCAGAGUAACAAGAGGGGAAAACUUUUCACCAACAGACAAAAUCCACCCAAGGGUAUUCUGUUUUUCUUUUUUUGUUUCACUUGGGUCCUCCAUUGGAAGAUGGAUUGUGCUUAUAUUAUAUUUUUUACAACUGGAAAUAGAAAUGCCAUCCAUUUGCACUGUUCAGACAUAUAUAUGUAUGUAUGUUUAAAAAAAAAAAAAAAAAAAAAAAGGAAAAAGAGUUAUAUAUACAAAAUACCACACGUAUAUACAUAUAUAUAUUUCUUUUAAAAUUUCAUAGCAGCAGCAGUACCUUUUCUAAGCUUGCGUUUUUACACGCAUCUCUUUCCUCCGAAUCCAUCGUGUUUUUUUAAAAACUAACUUUAACGGAAAAAAAAAAAAGAAAAAAAGUAACAUUACAGGGAAAUACCUCUCCUCUCAAAGGACCUUGACACGUUUACAAGCUUUUAAUUUUGGUUCUUUUUUUUCUUUUCAUUUUUUGCAUUGAACCUUUUUAAGAAGUGUGUAAAGCAGCUGGCUCCAGAACUAGUAGGACAAAGAGAGAGAGGAUUUUGUUCACUGAUGGUCUGAUCAUGCAUCCUUACCUUGGGUAGCAUUUAAAAUCAGUGGGGCUGCUUAUGGGUGUAAAUGUUCACGAAGGGUGUGAUGCUGUAAUUGAUGGGACUCAGAAAGCUAAGGGGAAGAUGGGUUUUGAGUUGGAAUCUUCCCAUUGGCCUUCAUGGACUUUGGGUCAAAGCCCUGAAGACUGAAAUUUACCUCUGUGCCAAAGUGCCAGAUUAAAGCCUAUUCUAAGUGUAAGGCCCACUGCAAUCAUAGUUUGAAGGGUUAAGUGGACCUGGGAUGGUGCAUAGUCCUUGUGCUGGCGCUCUGGUCCUCAGGCAGAGGUGCAAAAAGGACAACCGCAAAGCAGAAUUGGCUCCAUCCAGCUCGGAGAAGUGAGGCUCCGUCUGUGGCUUUCCCCACAACUUGAUCAGAUCUCUUUAGGGCGGGGUGAGACAGCCCAGAGCUGUCGAAGCCAAAGAGCUGGUAUCUUCCUGA